AUGUCUCGAAUGCAUUCUUACACGGCACCUUGUCCGACACCGUCUACAUGUCUCAACCGCCAGGCUUCCAAGAUUCAACUCAUCCGCAGUACAUCUGUAAGCUCACGAGCACUUUACGAUCUUAAACAAUCACAAAGGGAAUGGUAUGCGACGCUCUCCAAUCACUUACUAAAUUACGACUUCCAAGUCAGCGCCUCCGAUCACUCCCUUCUCACAUACAACUCCGGCAACAUCCACCUUUACAUGCUCGUCUACGUCGACGAAAUACUACUCACAGGUAAUUCCCCAUCCGAAAUCAAUAAAUUAUUAACUAAUCUCCAUGCAACCUUUCAGAUGCGAAAUCUCGAUUCUCUGUCCCAAUUCCUGGGCAUUCACACCGCCAAAACACCAUCUGGCAUCAUUCUACAUCAACAACACUAUGCAAAGACCAUCAUUCAGCGCGCCGGCAUGGAGCAAUCCAAACCGGUCUCAACUCCAAUCUCCUGCCGAACAAUCGUAACAGCCACAUCCAAUGAACAGUAUGACAAUCCACAUUUCUACAGACAGAUUAUAGGCUCACUUCAGUACCUAACUAUAACCCAACCGGACAUACAAUUCACCGUUCAACAACUGUGUCAACAUAUGCAAGCUCCUCUUAACAUCCACUACGAAGCCAUGAAACAUCUACUUCGUUACAUACAUGGCUCCUCCUCCACAGGUUUUCCUCUAGACCGGACUAACUUAACACUAAAAGGCUACGUGGACGUAGAUUGGGCUAGCAAUGACCGUAAGUCGAUCUCCGGAUACUGCAAUUUCCUUGGCAACUUGCUCAUCUCAUGGCAAGUAAAGAAGCAAAAUACAAUAGCCCGAUCAUCCACGGAGGCCGAAUACAGAGCACUCGCCACUGAAGCAUUCGAGAUCUUAUGGCUUCAUCAACUACUCGAAGACUUUCACACACCCCAAACGAACCUACCAAAGUCUUCUGCGACAACACUUCCGCAAUCGCACUAG